AUGGCCGCCCUGCGGCCGGUGAAGAAGAAGCAGCGGCUGCUGCUGGAGCAGACCCUGGCGGGGGAGGCGAGGCUGGCCCCCCCUGCAGACUAUCAGGCCGCCAUGCUUGGGGUGGGGAGCGCCCGCCUCCCUCCGAGCCCCGAGCGCCACAAAGCCCCCCCCAGGCCGGCCCUGAUCCCAGCGGACGAGUACGUGGGGGACGACUGGCUGGAGGACGACCUCGCGCCUGGCACGGGGUCUCGCAAAAGGAGCCGCUGGAGCCCAGCCGGAACUUGGGGGUCUGGCUUGGAGGACAGCGAAGCGGGGGCUCCUCGGCAGCCCCCUGAGACCACCAGCAGCAGGAGGAGGAGGAGGCCCGCCCGGCAGACGCGACUCACCCUCGACCGGACCCUGCUGGGCAGGAGCCGAGGAGCCGACCCCCCACCCAGAGUGGACUCUCCCGCUGAGCCCGGCAGCCUUCUGGAAGGAGCCGGCAGCAGCCCCACUCGGCGGGGAGACAGCCCCCCCUCGGGUGCCACGCAGCUGCCAUCGCCUCCUGUCCGGGUGCGAGUGCGAGUUCAGGACAGCGUCUUCCUGAUUCCAGUGCCAAAAAGCCGUCCGGUCUCGUGGCUGGCCGAGCAGGCCUCCCAGCGCUACUACCAGGCCUGUGGGCUCUUGCCCCGCCUCACCCUCAAGAAGGAGGGGGCCCUGCUGGACCCUCAGGACAGCGUCCUGGACGUCCUGCAAAGCAACGAGGAGGUCUUGGCUGAAGUCCAGUCCUGGGACCUGCCGCCCCUCCUGGAGAGAUACCGUAAGGCCUGCCAGACCCUGGCGGUGGGAGAACACCCGUUGCUGGGGAAGCUCCUGGAACGCCAGGAGUCGGCCUCGUCCUUCAGCGUCUCCAGCACGGCUCUGCGCCCCCACCACCUGCGCCCCCUCCUGCGGGCCCUCAAGCUGCAGGCCUCCCUCCGCCAGCUGAGCCUCUCUGGCACUGGGCUGGGGGACGAGUCGGCCGAGGAGCUCCAGGCCACGCUGGGCACCAUCCCUGGGCUGAAGCACCUGGAUCUCUCGGCCAACCGGCUGGGCCCCGACGGGCUGCAGAAGUUGGCUGCGGGCCUUCCUGGCUCCUUCGCCUUCCAGGCCUUAGAAGAGCUGGAUCUCAGCUUGAACCCCUUGGGUGACGGCAGUGCCCACUCUGUAGCCUCGCUGCUCCAGGCUUGCCCCGUUCUGGGCACCCUCCGAUUGCAAGGCUGCGGCCUUGGCGCCACCUUCCUGGAGCCUCCCUCUCUCCCGCUGGCCAGCGCCUUGAAAGGCGCUGUGCACCUGAAGAGACUCGCGCUCUCCCACAAUGCCCUGGGACCCCGUGGCCUUGGGCUCCUCUUGAAAAGCCUGCCUUUCGAAUCCCUGACCCACCUGGAGGUGGGCUCCCUGCAGCCCAGGGCGGGGGACCGGCCACAGCUGAGGGACGCCGUGGUUAGCUAUCUAACGCAGGAAGGCUGCGUUCUGACUCACCUGGGACUCUCUGGGAAUCACCUGGACGACGCCGAUGUAUCAGAGCUAGCUAGCAAGGCCUCGCUGAUAGGGGAUGAAGACAUGGCUGAGCAGGAACUGUCAGAGGAUGAAGGUCUAGGCCCUGACACCACAUUUUUCAGGCCGGCUGCUGUGGGCAUGAAGGUUACUCCCUCGAUCAUAGGACACUGGCUUAAAGCCUGCAUUUCCUUGGCCUACGAACACCAGUCUCAACCACUGCCCAGACAUAUCACAGCUCAUUCCACCAGGAGCACGGCCACCUCAACAGCUUGGGACACACAAGCAUCAGUAGAAGAGAUCUGCAGGAUGGUGACGUGGUCUUCUCCGUCACCCGUCAUCAAACAUUACAAAGUGGACAAGUUCGCCUCGGCAUCAUUCAGGUGGCAAAUACUGCAGAGAGUUCAAUCUGAGUCCGGGGCCCUGGACUAG